AAUAAAGGAGAUACAACAAUCGUUAUGAAUCAGUAGCGUUUGAGCGAGUGGAAUCAGCUGCAAAAGCAUAUAUUCCAUUCAGUUGAGUGCUGAACUUUGGUGAAGCUUGUAAACGUUAUUUUUUGCGUCCACAUCGAUAGCUUUGUGAGGGAAAAGUAAAAUAUAGGUAGUAAAAACAUACAUACAAAUCGAGACACUUAAUAAAGCGCGACAAGAAAUCAAGAAAUUAAAAUCAAUUUCAAUUUAACGAACAAUUAUUAUUUUAAAAACCAAAUAGCCAAUGCAAACAGGUAUGGCCAGCCCACAGCUGAUCGACGAAUUUUUCGAUUUUAUGUAUCCGCUUGCGCAGCGCGCUGGCGAGUUAUUGCUCGAGGGUUAUGCGGAGGUCGGCAAGCAGAUCAGCAUCAAGACAGCAUUCUACGAUGUGGUCACUGAUUACGAUAAUAAAAUCGAAGAAUUUCUAAUUGAACAAAUAUUGGCACGCUAUCCGGAGCAUAAGUUCAUCGGCGAAGAGGAUACAGCCAAAAAUAAUCAUGUAACAAAAGCGCUAACGGAUGCACCGACUUGGAUCAUUGAUCCCAUCGAUGGCACAUCGAAUUUUAUCAAACAGAUACCGCACGUAUGCGUCUCAAUCGGUUUGGCGGUGAAUAAACAAAUCGUUUUGGGCAUCAUCAACAAUCCAGUGCAGCAGAAAAUGUACACAACAAAACUGGGUGGCGGCGCCUUUUGCAAUGGGCAGCCUAUACACGUUAGCAGUAUUGCUAAAAUCAGCGAAGCGAAUGUGGCAUACGAGGUGUCGUUGCUACACGCUCAUAAAAUACGUAACAAGCAUAUAAAACGGAUAUAUCAUAUCGGCGCGUCUGCUAGAAGAUUACUCGCCUAUGCAUGUGUCGUGGAUUCCUUAUGCAUGGUAGCUGCCGGAAACUUGGAUGCAUUUCACAUCGAAGACAUGUACCCAUGGGAUUGUGCUGCUGGUUAUUUGCUUAUACGCGAAGCCGGUGGCGUGGUAACACAUCCCUAUGGCGGACCAUUUGAAAUUAUGAAACCAGAUUUAAUAUGCGCUGGCACCGAGUCGUUGCGCAAAGAUAUGGAAGAGCUCAUAAGGAAAGCCGAUCAAGAGAAAUCUGUGGGCGGCGAGGAGCUAUAAAGUUUGGUUGAAAGUUGAAAUUUGGGCUAGCAGGUUUCUUAUUGUUAUGUACUUAAAUUUUGUAAUAUCAAAUUUCUU